AUGUAUGAUUCAAAUUCAGUGAUCAACAGCAAAGUACAUCUGGAUUUAGUCGAAGAGAGAAAUCGAGCGACUUUCAAAAAAGAAGAACUUACAUAUUUAUUAUAUGGUGACCGUGAGAAAUACGAGAGAAAAGAAUAUUUGGUUAAUUUAUUUAAAGAUGAUCCAAACAUUAAUGAUGUGAAGCAAGUUCAUUUCCUUUCUCAGGAGGAACUGUUUUCCUUUGUGGUCGAGAAAUCACUUUAUUUUCAAAGACGAUUUGAAGAAUUGAACAUCACAGACCACCAUGAACAGAUGUUAAUCAAAAAUGACUUUUACCCAAAUAUUUUGCAACUCUUCACAUUACAUUAUACUAUAAAGCCGUCAAAAAAGCUGGGUCCCUCCUUCCCCGGUUUUUUCUGGUUUUUUUCCCCCCCCUCUUCCCCCUCUUCUUCUGCCUCUUUCAAGGUUGAUUUUGGGGUGGAGGGAUUACCCCCUCCAUCUUCUCCCCCUGGUGAUUGUUCUUUGCUGUUUCCCUUUUGUUCUUUUUGGGGGUUUUGUUUCUCUUUCGAGACCCCCUCUUUCCUUAACUUCCCUUUGCCUGUUUCUCCGGGUUUCUCCCUCUUUGGUUUUCCUUUUUUAAAGGCCCGGGGAGGGCUAUUCUUUCUUCCCCUUCCCCCGUUUCCUCCUUCUGAAACUUUCUCCGGUUUCUUUUGA